AUGGAUGCUCUACGCCAACCUAAUCUUGAUCGUAGUAAUUCUUCAUCCCUUUCAUCAAUUUACACCAAAACCCCUCAAACACCAACCUCUUCAACUUUUCCCUAUAAGUACCGAUUAUCUUCUUCCAGUUUCAAUGGUUACCAUAGCAAGUGUAAAGUACCAACACCACCUCAAGCUUUACCCACGGAAAAUUCGAACGAAUCAGUUGAAUCCAAUAAGAAAUUGAUUGAUUCAAUAUCUAAAGGUUUGAUCAGGCUCGCUGCUGCAGUUGCUGUUUGUUUAGAUUCGCUAGCUCUUACCGAGUCCUUGACAAUAGCAUUCCCAGCUUCUCAUACUCAUGGGGCAGGUGAAUGCUGUGCAGCGAACUCUUGUAGAGACUUGGGACUGGGACUCGAAAUUCCAACAAACAAUGGUGAAAUGCAUCCACUUAGAACAGCUGAUGCCGCAUACAGCAAGAUUAAAGGAAUGCUUUCUACUCUUGGAGAUCGCUUCACUCGCAUUAUUAGUCCAAAGUUUUUAUUGUCCUGUGUUGAGGGUAGCCCAACUACUAGAGCUGGAAUACAUGUAGGAGAUGAGUUGAUUGAAAUAAAUGGAGAGAGAGUUAAAGGGAUUAGUGGUGAAGCUGCUGCACAAAAGCUUAGAGGUUAUGUUGGGACAAGUGUUACAGUCAAAGUGCACAAUAGUGCUGCUACAGAUAUGAAACACGCCAUUGGUGAAUUUGAAAAUCAGGGUGUUGAAUCUUACAUUUUGGAUCUCUGA